AUGGCCGCCGCCGCCACCGAGGAGCCCUUCCCCUUCCACGGCCUGCUGCCCAAGAAAGAGACCGGGGCCGCCUCCUUCCUCUGCCGCUACCCGGAGUAUGACGGGCGCGGGGUGCUCAUCGCCGUCCUGGACACGGGGGUUGACCCCGGGGCCCCGGGAAUGCAGGUUACAUCUGAUGGAAAACCAAAACUUGUUGAUAUCAUUGACACAACAGGAAGUGGUGAUGUGAAUACUGCUACAGUAGUAGAGCCAAAAGAUGGUGAAAUUAUUGGCCUUUCAGGAAGAGUGCUUCAGAUUCCUGCAAGCUGGACGAAUCCGUCAGGCAGAUAUCAUAUUGGCAUAAAAAAUGGCUACGACUUCUAUCCAAAGGCUCUCAAGGAAAGAAUACAGAAAGAACGGAAGGAAAAAAUCUGGGACCCUGUUCACAGAAUGGCCCUGGCAGAAGCUUGUAGAAAACAAGAAGAGUUUGAUGUUGCCAACAAUUCCUCUUCUCAAGUAAAUAAACUAAUCAAAGAGGAGCUUCAAAGUCAAGUGGAAUUGCUAAAUUCUUUUGAGAAAAAAUAUAGUGAUCCUGGCCCUGUAUAUGACUGCUUGGUAUGGCACGAUGGUGAAGUCUGGAGAGCCUGCAUUGAUUCGAAUGAAGACGGGGACUUGAGUAAAGCUACUGUAUUAAGAAACUACAAAGAAGCCCAAGAAUAUAGCUCUUUUGGCACAGCUGAGAUGUUGAAUUACUCCGUUAAUAUAUAUGAUGAUGGAAACCUGCUCUCUAUUGUGACCAGUGGAGGAGCUCACGGAACCCACGUAGCGAGUAUAGCUGCUGGACAUUUUCCAGACGAACCUGAACGGAACGGUGUGGCUCCUGGUGCCCAAAUUCUUUCAAUCAAAAUCGGUGAUACAAGACUGAGCACAAUGGAAACGGGCACCGGCCUUAUAAGAGCUAUGAUAGAAGUUAUAAACCAUAAGUGUGAUCUUGUCAACUAUAGCUAUGGAGAAGCAACUCACUGGCCAAAUUCUGGGAGGAUUUGUGAAGUCAUUAAUGAAGCAGUAUGGAAGCAUAACAUAAUUUAUAUUUCCAGUGCUGGAAACAAUGGCCCAUGCCUUUCUACAGUUGGUUGUCCUGGUGGAACUACAUCAAGUGUAAUAGGUGUUGGUGCUUAUGUUUCACCUGAUAUGAUGGUUGCUGAAUAUUCUCUGAGAGAGAAAUUACCUGCCAAUCAAUAUACAUGGUCUUCUAGAGGGCCCAGUGCUGAUGGGGCCCUUGGAGUGAGUAUAAGUGCACCAGGAGGAGCCAUUGCUUCUGUUCCUAACUGGACAUUGAGAGGAACUCAGCUAAUGAAUGGGACAUCUAUGUCUUCUCCCAAUGCAUGUGGAGGUAUCGCCCUGAUACUUUCGGGUCUGAAAGCUAAUAAUGUUAACUACACAGUUCAUUCAGUCAGAAGAGCUCUAGAAAACACUGCAGUGAAGGCUGACAAUAUAGAAGUAUUUGCCCAAGGACAUGGCAUUAUUCAGGUUGAUAAAGCCUAUGACUACCUCAUUCAGAAUACAUCAUUUGCUAAUAAAUUAGGUUUCACUGUUACCGUUGGAAAUAACCGUGGCAUCUACCUCAGAGAUCCUGUGCAGGUGAUGGCACCUUCAGAUCAUGGUGUUGGCAUUGAACCUGUAUUUCCAGAAAAUACUGAAAACUCUGAAAAAAUAUCUCUUCAGCUUCAUUUAGCUUUAACUUCAAACUCAUCUUGGGUUCAGUGUCCUAGCCAUUUGGAACUCAUGAAUCAAUGUAGACAUAUAAACAUACGUGUGGAUCCCCGGGGUUUAAGAGAAGGAUUACAUUAUACAGAGGUAUGUGGCUAUGAUAUAGCAUCCCCUACUGCAGGUCCUCUGUUCAGAGUUCCAGUCACCGCAGUUAUAGCAGCAAAAGUAAAUGAAUCAUCGCACUAUGAUCUAGCCUUUACAGAUGUACAUUUUAAACCUGGUCAAAUUCGAAGGCAUUUUAUUGAGGUUCCUGAGGGUGCAACAUGGGCUGAAGUUACAGUUUGUUCUUGUUCUUCUGAGGUGUUGGCCAAGUUUGUUCUUCAUGCAGUACAACUUGUGAAGCAAAGAGCAUAUCGAAGCCAUGAAUUCUAUAAGUUUUGUUCCCUUCCAGAAAAAGGAACACUGACUGAAGCUUUUCCUGUCUUAGGUGGGAAAGCAAUUGAAUUUUGCAUUGCCCGUUGGUGGGCUAGUCUUAGUGAUGUCAAUAUUGAUUACACCAUUUCUUUCCAUGGAAUAGUGUGUACCGCUCCUCAGUUAAACAUUCAUGCAUCAGAAGGAAUCAACCGUUUUGAUGUUCAGUCCUCCUUGAAAUAUGAAGAUCUGGCUCCCUGCAUAACUUUGAAGAGCUGGGUCCAAACACUACGCCCACAGAGUGCAAAAACAAAACCUUUAGGAUCAAGAGAUGUUUUGCCAAAUAAUCGUCAACUUUAUGAAAUGAUCCUUACCUAUAACUUUCAUCAACCCAAAAGUGGGGAAGUAACUCCAAGCUGCCCACUACUUUGUGAAUUAUUAUAUGAAUCAGAAUUUGACAGCCAACUGUGGAUCAUCUUUGAUCAGAAUAAAAGACAGAUGGGUUCAGGCGAUGCCUAUCCACAUCAGUAUUCGAUGAAACUGGAGAAAGGAGAUUAUACAAUUCGUCUACAGAUUCGUCAUGAGCAAAUCAGUGAUUUGGAACGUCUUAAAGAUCUUCCAUUUAUUGUUUCUCAUAGGUUGUCUAAUACCUUGAGCUUAGAUAUUCAUGAAAAUCAUAGCCUUGCACUUCUAGGAAAAAAGAAAUCAAGUAAUUUGACACUACCACCCAAAUAUAACCAGCCAUUCUUUGUUACUUCCUUACCUGAUGACAAAAUACCUAAAGGGGCAGGACCUGGAUGCUACCUUGCAGGAACCUUAACAUUGUCAAAGACUGAUCUUGGAAAGAAAGCGGAUGUAAUCCCUGUUCAUUACUAUCUAAUAACUCCACCAACAAAAGCUAAGAAUGGCAGCAAAGAUAAAGAAAAAGAUUUAGAAAAAGACAAAGAUUUCAAAGAAGAGUUUUCUGAAGCAUUACGAGAUCUUAAAAUUCAGUGGAUGACAAAGCUGGAUUCUAGCGACAUUUUUAAUGAGUUGAAAGAAACAUAUCCUACUUAUCUUCCUCUGUAUGUUGCACGACUUCAUCAGUUGGAUUCUGAAAAGGAACGAAUGAAAAGACUUAAUGAAAUUGUUGAAGCUGCAAAUGCUGUUAUUUCUCAUAUAGAUCAAACGGCCCUAGCAGUUUAUAUUGCUAUGAAGACUGAUCCCAGGCCUGAUGCAGCUACUAUAAAAAAUGAUAUGGACAAACAAAAAUCCACCCUCGUAGAUGCCCUGUGUAGAAAAGGAUGUGCCCUAGCUGACCUGCUUCUUCAAGCACAGGAUCAAGAUGGGGCUGUUUCAAAUGAUGCGGAAGGAAGAGAAGAAGAAGGUGAAAGUACUUUGGAUUCUCUGACGGAAACUUUUUGGGAAACUACAAAAUGGACUGAUCUUUUUGACAAUAAGGUGUUGACAUUUGCAUACAAGCAUGCAUUAGUAAAUAAAAUGUAUGGGAGAGGCCUUAAAUUUGCAACUAAACUUGCGGAAGAAAAACCAACAAAAGAAAACUGGAAAAAUUGUAUUCAACUGAUGAAGUUACUUGGAUGGACUCAUUGUGCAUCUUUUACUGAAAACUGGCUCCCCAUCAUGUAUCCUCCUGAUUAUUGUGUAUUCUAA